CGAGAGAAAAAGCCGAGGCAGCAGCGGACGCGGACGGACGCCCUCGCUCGUCUACACCCAGUCUCCAACAGCUCCAAAUGGCAACGACGGCGGACGACCAGCGGGAACCGGCGGACGUCGCUGCGCCGUCGCCGCACCACGGCUGCCACCACCACAACAGCAACAACAACAAUAACAACAACAACAACAACAAAGACAGCGAGGCGGGAGAGAGCGCGACCUCCGCCACCGCCAGCGCGACAGAACCCGGCGGGACGGCGUCGCAGAGCAUCGGUAACGGCUCGGUCAUCAACCCCGCCGGGGGUAACAACGGGAAGUGGGUAAGGCUGAACGUCGGCGGCACGGUGUUCCUCACGACGCGGCAGACCCUCCUGAAGGAGCAAACUUCGUUCCUGUACCGGCUGUGCCAGCAGCAGGACCUGCACUCAGACACGGACGAGACAGGAGCUUAUGUGAUUGACAGAGACCCGACCUACUUCGGUCCCAUUCUCAACUACUUGCGACAUGGCAAACUGGUCUACAAUAAGGAGCUGGCUGAAGAAGGUGUCCUGGAGGAGGCUGAGUUUUACAACAUCACCCCACUGAUCAAACUGAUCAAGGAGAGGAUCGUGGAGAGGGACUCCAAAGCCACGCAGCAGGUGCCCCCCAAGCAUGUCUACCGAGUGUUGCAGUGCCAGGAGGAGGAGCUGACCCAGAUGGUCUCCACGAUGUCGGACGGCUGGAAGUUUGAGCAGGUCAGCGUGCGCGCCUGCAGAAAGCCCCGCACCGGACUGCUCUGGACUAUGGUGAACAUCGGCUCGUCGUACAGCUACGGAACAGAGGACCAGGCCGAGUUCCUGUGUGUCGUAUCCAAGGAGCUCCACACUCCUGGAUCUGGACUGGGUACUGAGCAGAGCCACAAAACCAAGCCGGCCGAGAUGCAGGAGGAGGAAGCCGCGAAGGAUGAGGAGGAGGAGGAGGAGGAGGGAGGGAGAGAUACCACGCCAAAUGAGUGGCUUAGAGAAUGAGGGAGUCAUGUUUCUUUGUUCCCAAGAGAAGCGGGAAUGGCUUUUCCAGAUCCAUGGGUCCCGGAUGUAGAAAUCCCAAGAAUUUAAGUUAUUUUUUUCUAGGCUUAUUCUAACAUUCUGUUCAUGGUGUACGUGUGUGUUUCGUCAAUGGACAGUCAUCGAAACAGAUUUGUAGCAUUCCUAUCAGCGCAUUGCAAAAUGCCAGUUAGAAAGAUUACCAAAUGACCAAAAAGAAAGAAAAUUUAAGUCUCACAGUCAGUCGCAGCAAUAUCUUCAAAAGUAUUUUUCAGUCAAACGAAUUCUAAUAAUAGAAAUGAUCAUUUGUUGGUGUGUGCAAACGUUAUAUUGCCAAGGAAAGUAGUGGACCUUAGUAAAUUAUAACCAAAGAUCCAGAUUAAAGCUGGCCGAUCCAAGGUGCUCAACCAAAAUGUGACAGAGACUAUAAAAUCUGAUAUUGUCUUCGUUACCCAGUGAGGAGCUGCUGUUGCAUCACUAUAAUCUGACACAGGGCGAACGGCGUGUGCAGGGCUGUGCACUUUUAGAUUAUCACUUUUCCUAAUGUUGACACAGAUGGCAUGGAGGCAUUAGCCUAAACAAUUCAGAAUUUACUAUCAUUCCAACGUUGGAUGCUGUUGUUACCCCAAGAUUUGUACUGAAGACCAUUGGGCCAAAUGGGUUAACACUGGUUGAUCUUACUGUACACAGACUCCACAGCCUGUGUAGGCAAGGCGAGAGCAGAUGUUGGGAGUGUGCACUGCAUGCAGAGCGUUCAGAUGGCCCAAGGUGCACCUUUGGUUUUGAGUCGCUUCUGUCACACUGAUCUCAGUUUACCUGCUUGCAGGCCUAAGUAUUUGCUCUCAAUGUGAACGUGGGUUAUCAUUGGUUUGAUCUCAUAGUAUUAGAUGUUAGUUAAGCCAUUUAUUGGUUGGGUUGGCUUUAAAUUGACAGAUGGUGUAGCUGGAGACAGAUGAGGGCAGGUGUUGGUGUGGGAUACAGUGUGUAUCGCAUUAUUUACAGGUCAUAUUACAGAGGUUUCAACUGGCCACAGCAAGACUGUCAGAGACUGAAGCAGUCACUGUCCAACAGAGCUCAAAGCACACACACACACACAGCGCUCUCCGUCUUCCCCUGCACCAACACCCUGUCAUGUGUGCUGAUACACACCUGCAUCACCUCGUGCCGGUGCAUGCUCAGCAGCAGCGUCGCCUCGGUCCGUCGCCCUGGCCGGGAUCCAGAGCCAGCUUUGGCCCCAGCUGACAGCGCUGUUGCCGUGAGUUACGAAAGGCUGUAACAGAGAGUCACAGAGAAGGGGAGAGGGAGGGAGAUCCAAAUGAGGAGGCGAGGGUGAGACAGGAGAGCGAGGUGCGUCUCCGUUUUGUAGUAGUGAGAGUCACGUGAUGUCUCCCGUCGUUGUCUUUGUUUGUUUAAGGACGGAGCAGCACUGAAGUCGUGCCGCCUGCUCUCACAGUGAGCAGAUCUGCCGCAGUGCAGGUGCAUGAUUGAAAAGAAUUUUAAGAAGCAGUCGGAUCACACAUGACUUUUAUCAACCUCUAUUGGCAACUUGUAGGAACUGCACCACAGAUCAAACGUGCAUCCCCUGCACAAGUGUGUGGCACAACCCCUGACAGUAGCUUCUAGAAUGCUGUGUUACGAAAUAGAUUAAUUUUUUAGGUGUGUUUCAGCAAAUAUACCUGCCAUAAGUUUUUGACAGCACAUUUACUGGUGAACACGGGGGUGUAGUUGUUAAAUGCUGGACCGUAAAGGGUUAUAUAUAACUUUAAAACAAAAACAACAGCGCGUUCGGUUUUUAUGAGCAGGUCAUACUAUGUGUACAUAUAUACGUUCAGCCUAGAAUAUGUCUGCAAUAGCUUACUAAAAAGAUGUUGAAGGUAGGCACUAAUCAUUAAAAUAAUUGAGUUCAUCCACUGGGAUGGGACUGAACAGAAAAGGGAAAAGAAGAGUAACCACACGAAGUUAUCUGGAUAAGCUUGUUAGCCUAGUUCACAUUCCAAAUCCAAGUUAGCUAUAGAGCGAACAGCUGUGAAGAGAAGAUGGUUACCAGCAAUCCAACAUCCUGUACGACAUGUUGAUGAAGUGGUGGAACGAUAAGUCUGAUUUUUGUGCUAACGCCACUUAAACAUUCAGCCGCAGAGUAAAACACAUUUGGUGGGAUGCAUUCAUAUUUAUUCAUUCAGAUUUACACUUUUUGAUGGACUUUGUUAUUCUAAAGAUCUAAACCAUCACUAGACUUACGCCUUUUGUUUGUCAUUGAAGCUAUCCUGCUUAACUGUGAAGAACUGCAGUCCAGUCCGGCACACUGAGGUUUACCUCAAGCAGAGAGAUUAUUUCUGCCUCUAAGAUUUCUGCAGCCAUAUGGAGCAUUGGCCGUCAGCAGCUUAUGUCUGACCCCCCCCUGCUGUUUAGCUCCUGUGUAUCACUGACUGACCGGCAGCGUACAGUAGGGACACACACAAAUACACUCGGGCAAUAAGCAGUUGAGAGUUAUAACGUGAGACAAUCGAGAAUUACCAUCUAGGUUGGCGACUUUUUUUUUUUUUUUUAUAACAUUUUGAUAAUUAAAUCUGGGAAAAAAAAGGCUGCAAAUACAAUUUUGCCCGUGUGCGUGCAUAAGCUCGUGUCUGGUACAUUUCAAGUGUAAAAUACAAACAUGUCCUGGACCUUUAAGGUUCUUUGCAAUACCUUAUUAGCUGGAUUAGCAAAAAACAUUAAGUGUUAGAGUAGAGAUGAUACAGUUACUCAUCGUGCUUAUGAUAAUCAUACCAGUGAUAUUAGCAGGAGGGAGAAGACUGACAGAGACAGUUUCCUUUAUUUUGUUACAUCAGCUUUUUCUCGUGGCUCUUUUUAACUCGGAUCUUUCGGUGCCUUGAGUUCAAGCAGCAAAACUGACGUGUCGUUAGACAAGACAAGUCAAAAUGGUCAUAGGUGUUAUCACAUGCAUUUUUUUAAACAGCCGUAUUAACGUUUUAGUCGACAAAUGGGUAGUUUACGAUGUCACUGGGAGUCCAGGUUUAGUAUUUGUGUAAAUUUCUUCCGGUGCGUAUUUGCUCUGAGAAUUUUAUUUUUCAUAAGGUGUUUAAGUAGAGUCAAAGAGAGCCUCCGUGCUCGGCCUGCAGCUGCAUGUGAGACCAAGCUGUUUCAUGCAGCUCGUGUCGGAGGCUCAAGCUGUUUUGUAUGAAAUGUCAUGCCUUUUUUCUUUUGUACAUUCAGUUGUCUAAUUUAUUCUCAAGGUUUCUUUUUUGAGUGUUACACAGUAAAAAGUUUGUGCUUUGACUUUUUUUUUUUAGUGGGGGGGGGGUGACUUUUGCUUUUUUUCUACUUGAUGACUAGUUUUUUGGAUGAUCUCCAACAGUAAAAAAAAAAAAAAAAGUCAGGUUUUAACAUAUAUGCUAGUUUUUAGUCCUUGUUCACAUAAAUGCUGUUGAACAUUUCCCCAGGAAUAUAGUUUUCCUCUCAAAUGUUUUGUUUUAUACAGCUCCAUUUGCAUGUUCAGUUACCUUGUUUGGUUUGCUGGAUCCACACGUGAUUUUUUUAUUCGUACACUAUUCACUGAAUUGUUUCUGCUGUACAGUAGAGUGUGUUUUUACAUAAUAUCUGACUUGUAAAAGCCUACCGAGCGGUCUUCUGUCAUUAUUCUGUGCAAAAAACAAAUCUGCCAGGCAGCUGUGGAUAGAAAACUAUUUUUAUCUGAUGCUGGAGUUUCUUUCUUCUGCUGUCCAUAGAGCCUCGGUGUCUGUAUACAUCAAACAAAUCUGUGUGACACAUGCAUUGUACCGCCUCAGAUGAACCUGUACAGGCUUCAAGAAAUGCUGUGUGUUUUGAUUUCAUUCAACUGUAUUCAUCAGGACCUGAACAAGACAAUAUUUUCAACAAUGUGGCAGUUUUUUUUUUAUUAUUAUUGAAUGUAAAUGAAUGUCACCAUCCUCAACAAAAAAUAAAUCUUUGUCCUUUGGUUUAAAACACA